CCUAGAUGUAAAGUCACUUUUUUUUUUUCAAACUCUACUGUGAAUCUGUUCUGGGAGAACAGGAGGAGACGCUGUAUAGAUAGUACAGGACAUGGCUGAAAAGUACAUUGUAAGUGAGGAAAUUUGGGGUGCUGAAUUUGACAAUUAUACUGAUAUUAUACCAACUGAUGCUGCUCCUUGCACCCAGCACUCCUGGAGACUGGACAAGUAUUUUGUAAUGGUUGUUUACAGUCUUGUGUUUUUUCUGAGUUUGCUGGGAAAUUCACUGGUGGUGCUUGUCAUCCUCUACAACCGGCUCAACCGUUCAGUCACAGAUAUCUACCUGCUCAACCUGGCCAUAGCUGACCUGCUCUUUGCCCUGUCACUGCCCAUCUGGGCUGCCUCCAAGGUGCAAGGAUGGAUCUAUGGCACAACUCUUUGCAAGUUCAUCUCCCUUCUGAAGGAUGUCAACUUCUACAGUGGCAUUCUGCUGCUGGCCUGCAUCAGUGUAGACCGCUACCUAGCCAUAGUCCAUGCUACCCGUGCUUUGACUCAGAAACGCCACUGGGUAAAGUUCAUCUGUAUGGGCAUCUGGGUUCUGUCCUUGCUCCUGUCCAUACCCAUUCUUUUCUUCCGUGAAGCAUUCCUCUUAGACGUUUAUGGCUAUGUCUGUUAUGAGAACUUUGGCAAAAAUACUGAAAAAGGGCGUCUGGUGCUGAGGAUGCUGUCCCAGUCCUUUGGCUUUGUCCUGCCCCUAGUGGUCAUGCUCUUCUGCUACGGCUUCACCAUGCGCACCCUUUUUGAGGCGCACAUGGGGCAGAAGCAUCGGGCCAUGAGGGUCAUCUUUGCUGUAGUGCUUGUGUUCUUACUCUGCUGGCUGCCUUACAAUCUGGUGCUGGUCACUGACACCCUCCUGAGGACCCACCUAAUUGAGGACACUUGUUCACGAAGGGAGGUGAUUGAACAGGCCAUAAAUGUCACUGAGGUACUGGGCUUCCUCCAUAGCUGCCUCAACCCCAUUAUCUAUGCCUUCAUCGGACAUAAAUUCCGCCAUAGCUUCCUUAAAAUCCUGGCUGCCCAUGGCAUAGUCAGUAAAGACUUCUUGGCCCGUUGCAAUAUUUCAUCCUCAUCAUUUGCCUCUUCUUCUGUUUCUACUGCUGUUUGAGUCUCAUCAUUUCAGCAUUUCUCAACAACCUGGAUAAAAAAUUCUACCAAUAAGAAGUCAUUGGAUUGAUGGGAUUGGAAGAUGAAACUUAGAAUGUGAGGAUGAAAGCUGUUAACAGAAUUUUACUGUAUUUGUCUUUAAACUGUGAAUAGCUGGAGCCGCACAAAGCAGGCCUAGAGACAGCUUUUUAGAGAUCAAGUGGUGGUUGUCAUAAUUUUCUUCAUGUCCUAUGCCUGAAAUAUAAUCUCUGUCCUCCUUAACCUUAGUGCCUUCCCUUUGAGAUUACUUCUAAUUUAUCCUGUGUAUAUCUGAUUUGUCCAUAAUUGUUUAUCAGUGAAAGCAGGGCAUAUUUUUGGUCUUCAUAUUUCCAGUGUUUUGUGCAGUCCCUGGAACAUAGUAGGCACUUGAUAAAUGUAAAAAAUAAAAUAGGCACUUAAAAAUAGUAGGCACAAAAUAAAUCGAUGUCAGCAAUCCUGGCUUAAAAGGUUAUUCUGCUUAUGAGGCCCAUAAUGUAAAUUCCCCAGAAGAAUAUCUUGGGAAAUUGGCAUAAAAGACAUGUCAUGAUCCAACCAUACCACGUCCAAAAAGCAGCAUAGUGGAGUAGAUGAAGUGACAGACCUGGAAUCAAGAAAACCUCUCUUCAAAUUCAGGUUCAGACAUUUAUUAGCUGUGUGACUCAGGACUAGUCAC